CCGCCGCUGCAGGCCGGGUGCGCCCCCUCCUCGGGCCCCUGUGGGCUCGCAGCCGGUCGGUUACACCCCAGCGGUUGUCAGACCAGAAACUGCCGAAGGGAAACCGGCGGCGGCGGCUGCUGCGGCGCGGGCACGUGGGUUUCCCCUGCCCUGUUGAAAAAGCAGUUGUUAGGCAGCUGCCGCCAGGGAGGUGCGGCUGUCACCUCUCCAGAGCAGCCCUCGCAGGCCCAGGAACAGACUGUCCCCGUGGUUCUCCACCUGCUCUAGCCCCUCCCUGGUGGGAGGAAGCACAAGUCCUGUCUUCCAUCUAUCCGCGGCCAGCGAUCGAUCCAGCGGGGGUGGAUUUAUCGCAUCUAGUCUCGACACGCUCUCCCCUCCACUCCAGCGCUGCAAGAGGCGGAGGCAGAGCUGGGGGGAGUGGCAGCAGUUGACUCAGCGCAGUGAAGACACCUUGCUGAGAUAAUGACAACCACCGGAAGGAACCCCAUGCAGCAAAUGAUUUCUCAACUGCACAGUUUUGCUGCUACUGGAGACAAGAUCAGGUUGACAGCGCUGUGCACUCAUUCUCCAUCCCUUAUCAAUGAAGCUGCUGAGAAUGGUUGGACAGCCUUGAUGUAUGCUGCCAGAAAUGGACACUUUGAGAUUGUGCAGAUUCUUCUUGAAACAGGGUGUGACAGGUCCAUUGUCAAUAAAUCAAGCCAGACUGCACUAGACAUUGCUAAAUUUUGGGGGUAUAAGCAUAUAGCUAAUUUACUAGCAAAUGUUAAGGGUGGACAGAAGCCUUUUUUCCUGCCAAAUGAUGCAAUAGAGUAUGAAAAUUAUUUUAGCAGGACACUUCUGGAUAGAAGGAGUGAUAAAAGAACAGAUUCUAAAUGGUUAAACACAAAACAAAACCAUCCAGCCACCGUAUACAUCCUUUUCUCAAAUUUAAACCCAUUGGUCACUUUGGGUGGAGGGGAAGAUGGUUCCCAGCAGCCUGAAGUCAGGCUUUGCAGGCUGUGCCACAAGGAUGUAAAGGAAUACAUGAGCCAGACUGAAGAAGUCACCUUGAUUUUUCUUGGAGUAGAACUUCAGUUGGCUACUCUGAGUGGAGGCGUUCUGAAGGAAGAUGAAGAAGAUGGACUGGUUGCUUGGUUUGCCCUAAGCAUAAAUGCUACCUUUGCUGAACAGUUUAAACAGAAGCAUGAAGACUGUUAUUUUCUUCAUCCUCCCAUGCCUGCACUGCUGCAGUUGCCUGAAAAAGAAGCUGGAAUAGUAGCCCAGGCUAGAUCUCUUCUAGCAUGGCAUAACCGAUACCAAUUCUGCCCAACAUGUGGCAGUGCAACCAAGAUUGAAGAAGGAGGCUACAAGACGACCUGCUUAAAAGAAGAUUGUUCCAGUCUUCAAGGUGUUCACAAUACAUCGUACCCAAGAGUUGAUCCUGCAGUGAUAAUGCAAGUCGUUCAUCCAGAUGGGAACCAGUGCCUUUUAGGCAGGCAGAAGAGGUUUCCUCCUGGCAUGUUUACCUGCCUUGCUGGAUUUGUAGAGCCUGUGAGGUGCAAAGGAGGCUCCUUGAAGAGAGGAAGAAUGUGUCAGAGGGAAACAAUAGAAGAUGCUGUUCGAAGAGAAGUAGAGGAGGAGAGUGGAGUCAAAAUUGGCCAUGUUCAGUAUGUCUCUUGUCAACCAUGGCCAAUGCCCUCCUCCCUAAUGAUUGGUUGCUUAGCUGUUGCAGUGUCUACAGAAAUAAGAGUUGACAAGAAUGAAAUAGAGGAUGCCCGUUGGUUUACUAGAGAACAGGUCGUGGACGUUCUCAUUAAAGGAAACCAGCGUUCUUUCUUUGUGCCACCGUGUCAAGCUAUUGCAUACCAGUUGAUAAAGCACUGGAUUGGAAUGAAUGCUCACCUUUAAAUUCAAGGAACUGAGUUCUUUGUGUUAAAUUACUGUUUCCAGUGACUGCUAACGUAAAUAAAUUAAAAAUAAUUGGUCAUUUAGUAAAGUGUGUGACUACAGUAAUUUCUGAGUUUCUUAGUCCUUUGACUCCUAAGAUAUACUUGUACUCAGUGAUUCUUUUCAGAAAUUUGUUGGAAUGGGACAGUGACCCACUGAUUACCCCAAACAAAAAAGUCAACAUUAAAGUAUCAUUUUGAAGUUU